ACGAAAACAAAAACUCUUCUUUUUUGUUUUCCGUUUAUUUAUUUAUUUUAGCUCGUUCUUUUAUUUUCGAUACUCUCCUGUGGUUCGAAUGAACGUUUAGAGCUUGGUGAAUUCAGUUCACGUUCGUUUUCAUUUUGUUCAUCAUGUCUUUCAGCUUCAAGUUAAGCAACCGUAGACGUCUAGCUUUCGUUAGUGUUUCUCUUUUCCUUGUUUUAUACAUUGUUUGGCAUACAUUUUCUCUGAGCACUUCGAAUGAUAUUCAAGAGAGCCCAUCUUUAUUCGGUCAGGAAACGAAAAGCUCAAUCGAUAUCUACGAGUCGAACAAUCCUCAUCAUCAAAUAGAGCAGAACGAACACAUUCCCUCUACAACUACUCCUUCUUUUUCUACUACUACGUCGAACUCAAUUGCAGUACCUGCUGAUGUGACAUCGACGACAAACCAUGUUCAAGAGUGCACCGUUUCCUUUGAUGGACAAAAGCCUGUCACCCAGUACGUGUUAAUGAUUGAUGCUGGUUCCACCGGCUCUAGAGUACAUGUAUAUCAAUUUAACAACUGUAAUCCUUCACCAAAAUUAGAGGAGGAGUACUUCAAGAUGAUAGAGCCUGGUUUAUCUUCCUUUGCAGGCAACCCUGAUGGAGCCGCCGCUUCCUUAAAUCCUCUAUUGGAAUUUGCAUUAGAGCACGUUCCAGAUGAACAUAAGAAGUGUUCACCUAUCGCCGUAAAAGCAACCGCUGGUCUUCGUCUUACCGGGGAGUCUGAAGCUCGAGCCAUUUUGAAUGCCGUAAAGUCACAUCUCCUUGAAGAUUAUCCUUUUCCUUUGGCUGGGAAAGAUAGUGUUUCCAUUUUGGAUGGAGCCAUGGAAGGCGUUUACGCUUGGGUUACGAUCAAUUAUCUUUUGGGGUCAUUAAACGUUGGCUCUUCUGAAUCGACUGUAGCUGUAAUGGAUCUUGGAGGGGCAUCUACCCAACUUGUCUUUGAACCUCAUUUCCCUAAUCCUCAGCAGAAGCUAUCUGAAGGUGAUCACAAGUACGUUUUAGAGUACAACAACAGACAGUACGAGCUUUACCAAUUCUCUCAUCUUGGAUAUGGACUUAAGGAAGCUCGAAAGUUGAUUCAUAAGAUUGUUGUCAACACUGCAGAUAUAUUAAGAAAUUCAUUAGAUACUGAUGAUGUACCUUAUGAAAUUACUCACCCAUGCCUCCAUUUGAAUGCUUCCAUGCAACACUCUUCCUCAACGAAAGACGGAGGGUCUGUAAACUUUGCUUUCAAGGGCCCUUCUUUAGCUCAUUCUUCUUUACAAUGCCGUGCCUUUGCUGAAAAAGUUUUGUAUAAAGAAAAAGAAUGCCAAUUGGCACCCUGUUCUUUUAACGGCGUUCAUCAGCCAAAGUUCACGGAAACGUUUAAUGAUGCUCCAAUCUACUUAAUUAGUUACUUUUAUGAUAGGCUGAUUGAUUUGGGUAUGCCUAGUACAUUUACUAUUGAGGAUAUGAAGUAUGUAGCGGAUCGUGUCUGCAGUGGUCCUGACUCUUGGUUAGACGCUUUCUCUCUAACAAAUUCUCUUGGUGCUUUAAAACAGGAACCUGAGUGGUGUUUGGAUCUGAACUAUAUGAUUUCCCUUUUGUCCGUUGGAUAUGAAAUUCCUAACAAUCGCCAACUGUAUACGGCAAAGAAAAUCAACAACAAAGAACUUGGUUGGUGUUUAGGUGCUAGUCUUUCUAUUUUAUCAGAGUCUAAUGGUGAAUUUAAGUGUACAAUAACAGAAGAGGCAUUGUAAAAUGGCUUAAUUUCUGUAUAAUACAAUCUGGAAAAUCGAAUUUGUGGUUUUAUUUUUUCUUUUAUUUUCUACAUCGUUUCAGCGAUAUUCGAGUUCUAGUUUCUUUUAAUGGACUUUUCUCUAUGCUUGUCUUAUAUCAAGACAUCUCGAACUUGGGUAUUAAUUAUCUUGCUUUCUUUGAAGAAGCCGAUGUGUAUAUUGUUUUAUAGUCCUCCUUAGUUAAUUUUGGUUUGUUUCUUUAAAUUUGGCUCCUUAACUUGGCAAAUUGAAUCUUGGAUUCAUUUCUAAUCUGAGAAAUGUGUUAUAAUUAAUUCUUUAAAUUGUAUGAAUAGA